UACCUAUAGGGUAAACGACCAAGCGGCGACAUAGGCUAGUGUCCACUGAUCCCUGAAUGCGUCCACUUUCUAGAAGAAAGUAUUUUAAUUUGCUGCCAUGAGCAUCAGUCAAGAGUUGUGGCCCAUCCUGGCAGCACACUGAGACCUCUUGAAUUUUUCAAAAUGGAUGUCCAAAAGCUCAAUGAGGAGAAGCUUCGAGAAGCUUGCUGCUAUGGUGAUAAUGAAGCAUUAGGUGCUUUAAUUUCUAGAGGCACCAACAUAAACUGCAAGCAUGAUAUUAAUGGCUGGACAGGGCUUCAUUGGGCUUGUAAGAGAGGAAACGUUAACACUGUCCGUUGGCUCAUGGCAAAUGGAGCAGACCCAAAAAUAGAGAAUAAUCAGUCUCAAACACCAGCCCAUCUUACAACAAAUUCUCAGAUUUUACAGUUACUCGGUAUUGAGGGGCCUCUGGCAGAAGAUGCAUCUUCGAAUUCAGAUUCUCUACCUAUAACGCCAAGUUACUUAGCACAUCCCCCUGUUGACCAUAAAGUGUCUCUUGAUGUGCGGAAUCCGAAUGAAAAAUUACUUACAAAUGGUGUUCAUGAAGGUGAGACCUUCCAAAGUCAAACAAGCCAUCAAGUACCCCAUGCUCCAGUGUUAACCCAGAGUGCCAACCAACAAGCAUCACCAAUUAUGUCACCAAGUAAAGAAAUAGUUUUGAAGGUACGAGUAGCAUACUCUAGUGAUCCAGACUUCAUAGAAGUUGAAUUUCAACCUACCCACAUGAACUACAGUCAUCUUCUUAUUACGUGCUGCAGAGAACUGGCUAUCAACCCACAGAUGGUUGAAAGAAUACGGAAACUUCCAAACACUCGUCUUCGUAACGACAAAGAUGUCAGACGUUUAUGUGAUUAUGCUGAAUUAGAAUUAGUAAUAAAAGGUCAGAAUCGACCGGUUCCAUCUCAUAGUGAUUCUCAGUCCACAUCUAAAAAUAGUUAUCAGUCAAUAUCAAGUUUUAAAAACCAAACAAUUUUGUAUUAGUGAAUAUGGUAUUUUGAAGACGAAUGUAUUUCUGUGGUUUUGUGUAUUAAUUUAAUCAUUUAUUGAUAUAUGAAUGCAUACUGUGAAAUCCCAUUACAGUUAGGAUGUGAAAGUAUAAAUACAGAUUGUUACAAAAGAUGUGUUGUGCGUAGUGGUAAAUGGAUAUAUGAUUGUAUUCUUGUUUAGGACUCUAGUUAUUCUUGAAGGAGCUAUUUGUAGUAUCUGUUGCUCUUUGGAUAUGUGUGUUUGUGAUUUAUAACUUUUAUAGUAUGAAAGCCUUUCAUUUGGAUAGUACAAUGCCUACUAGUAUCUGUGUAUGUAGUUCCUUCUUAGCUGGCAGUCCUUCAGUAUUUUUGUUUUUGCACAUAAUUCUUGUUUAGAGUUCUCCUUUGUCAUGGUCUGCAUGAUUAGUUGUUAAUGAACGUUGUUGGUCAGCUUGAGGUGGCUUCCAGCAACACCAGUUUUGUUUUUGUGUCCAGAUGGGAUCAGAUUAGAACUAUUUAAUUAACAAUUUUGUGCCAACAAUUGCACAAACAUUUUCUUUCUCGCUUUUGGUUGCCAUGGUUACAGAACAUAUGCAUUUUUAAAAGGGAACUGAUCAACGAACUUCACCAAAAAUACAUUUUGCUCAAAUGAUUUAUAAACUGAUGGUAGUCAGGUGUUUUGUAUUUUCUUGUAACUGUCAUUAAAUGUUAGAAAUUAAUUGAAAUGUUUACUAUAUAAAAUCAGUAUGUAUAUAAGUGGUGGCUAAUCAUUACCAAAUAAGUCAAAUUCUUACAUUUCUUUCUAGAGAAAUUUGUGUACUACCUAUUCCAGUCUAAUUUAUGUGAUCUGAUCAAUAAUCAAAGAACUUAUAUUUUCAUCAUAUUUUUCCUUACACCAUAUGCAAAGUAAAUUUUGCAUAACUUAGCUUAACAGAUACUGUGCUUUAGUUGUUUAAUGUAUAUUAUUUUAUACAUAAAAACUCUAAUCAUUGGUGUCUGUAUGAGCUCAAGGUUUAUUUCCCCAAGAGAACAUCACAAAUAUUAUAUUUUAGGAUAACCUUGGUACUGUUAUGGAAGUAGUGUUUUUAGUUCCUGCUUUUGAUAUGUUAUACCAUUUCUUCUCUUGAGUUGUUACAGUACUUAGUGGAAGGCUUGGCCUGCAUUUGCAGAAAACUGAGCUUUAAAAGGGAUUCAAUUUUUCAAAAUAAUUUCUCUCAAGCUGCAGAAGUAGAGAUUUUUCAGUAGUCCUGUGAGAACCAGACAUCAAAAGGCUUAUAUUUUUAGGUCUUUAAAGCUUUGAUAAAUAUUUAUAUAUUAUAUAUAGCUUGUAAACAUAAUUUUACCAUCUAGUAUCAUUGACAGUCUCUUGCCAUUGUUAGAAUAUUAAAAAAGGUAUUCAGUGUUCAUAUUUGUGUCUUGACGUUUCUCUGCUUUGAUUGUUAUUGUGGUUAUAUGUUAGUAUUUUGGAGUUAUCAAAAUCAUUCAGUGAAUUAGCUUUAUGCCUUUGGAAGUUAUUUUGUAAGUGGUGCAGUACUUUUCUAAUGUAGAAAUGCAUUAUGUCCCAUUCUUUCAUUUAAUUUAUUUAAUUUAUUUUUAUUAACUAUUGAACUUUUAAAAAGCAGUACUGUACUCAGAAUUUUUGCGAUUUCAUUUUUAUUCCACUGUCACAGAAAAAGAUAUUUUGUUUUUAUCCAAGGCUAGCAUAGUUUUUAUGAAGAAUAAGGAUGAUACUAGGCAAAUUAUGAAAGAUGACAUGUCACUCUGUUUCUUGCAACCAAUAGAAAUAUAGUGUUUUGUAACCAAAAUAAAAAUAUCUCUUGAAAUAGUUCAAGAAAUAUUUGGCAUAGCACAGUCAGGAGAGGGAAAUAGUGCUACUUAAGAAACCAUUGACUUUACUGAGAUAUUCAAUAGCAUAUAGACAGAAGGUAUAGAAAUUAGAUUUUAUUAUAGCAUAAAGUUGAAUAGUAGAUAUUUUGGUAUUAACAUAUUAAAAGUCAUGACUAAUUGAGCAUUCAACCCCCUGUCUGUAAAACUGAUAUACAGUUCACACCUUCAUAUAAAUAGUAAAGUCUUCAUACACAAAUGUUCAUAAGAAGAAAUAGAAAUAGAAGUGUCUAGUACUUACUGCAGUACUGUAUGAUGUAAGCAUUGGUAGUGUAUAUAACAUAAAAACAAAAUAUGUAAUCCUUUUUUUUAAGCUGUAAUUUGUUAAUCUGUGUUUUCUAGCUGCUGCUUUAUAAAAAUAAGUCUAUGUUGGAAGUCAGUAGUUGUUUCACGUGGAAUUUUUUUAUUUUGUGUUUAGGGAUCACAUAUGUUGCUUGGUGUAGCAAGCAGUAGCUGUUAAUAUUUGAUGAACAUUCUUCUGAGUGUUGUGUAACCUAUUUAUUAUUUUCACCAGCACUGAAUUUGCUGUUUAAAAUCUCACUUGCAUUUUUCUUUGUUGUUUUGAAGCAUGAUAAUUUUUCACUGGCAGGAAUGAGGAAUUUUGUGAUACCCCAGGCAGUAUUGUCCCGGGACAAACAGGUCAAAAGUUUUUCCAGUCCAGAUAGCUUAAGAGGCUUAUAAGGUAUGCUGUUAUAUUUUGAGGUGAAUUUUCUUACUGGCAUACAUUUCAGAUCCAUUGCCUUCUGUCUGUAAAUUUGACCUUUGGGUUAGCUUAUACAUUAGAAACUACCUUUUUUUAAAUAAAGUUUUUUGAAUUCCUGACAAUAUUUUUUUAUAGAUAUGGCUUUCAAACUUGCAAAGUAAUUUCCCAAGCCUCCAUGUUGGAAUACUUUUUUGAUGAAGUCCCCAUGCCUGUUUGGAGCCAAAGUCAAGAUUUGACACUGGAUCAAGUUGAAGAUCAUAUGAUAAAAGUAUUUUUAAUUAAAAUUUUUUAUAAUUCUUACUAACCUUAAUGUUUUUGAUGGCUACAUUAUUGAAGUAUCAUUACAAUCCAAGCCACUAUGCCUGUAAGGUUGAUAUAGUUUUCCAAUUCAAAAUAACAUUUGAUUUUUUGGGAGGCGAGGUUGGAAAGAAAGUUCAUGGUAUAGUGGUCUACUCAGAAGCCAGAAAGGAAGAGAGGAAUUGCAGAAUGAAAAAAAAUCCUGGUUUUGAUAUGGAAGUUCAGGCAGGAAAGAAGGAAUUUAUCAUGUGACAAAAAGUUGUAACUUAUAGAUUUUCAGAACAUCAUAGUGAUAACAUAGAUGUUGUAAAGAGUCAGUUUUAUUUUAUUAAUUUUACAUAGACUUCCAUUAGAUGAAUCUGGCUAAAGAUCAGCGCACGUUUUUUCCUUCAUAAGUAGAUUUUUGGAAUGGUUAUAAAAAGAUUGUUUGUUUUAUGGGCACAUAAAAAUUUAGAAUAAUUUUAAUGUUUCAUCAUAAAUACAAAUAUCCUCCUUUAUUGUAAUUGCCCACCUGGUCCCUUGUAUUGACAUACAUACCGUACAUCUAAAAUGCAUUGAGCUGUUAAGUGAGAUACAGGAUGCCACCUACUGGUGACCACACUUAUGGUCUUUUGUCACUGGUUUAGUCAUGUUUCCCUUAAUACUGUAGGUAGGCUGCAAUCUAGUGUUGGGACUUCCUCUAGUUGCUACUGGUAGACAAAGUGUGUAUAUUCUCCAGGAGUGUCCUAGAAAUUAGCAGUGUUGUGCUGUGAUGUUUUUCUCAUACCUGAGUGGGACAGCUGUUAGUGUGUGCUUUUAAAUAUGCCAUAAUUGUCAUCAUGUUAUUUGUUUCAUGUCGGUUCAGUAACUCCUAAUAAAUGAAAGCCAAGGUACUUUGAAAAUACAGGAUGUUUCAUGUUUUCUGAGAUAUCCUGUGGGGUACAUUUAUUUUUCAAGUCACCUUACAAGUUUUGACCUCAACAGAUAUGUUUAACCACCUGACUCUUAUGAAGUUUUCUUCCUUUAGGAAGCAGAAUGCUCGGUUAUUUCCUGCAAGGUUAAGCCCCACCCUUCUUUUCUUUUCAAUUUUUUAUUUUCUCCCAGGCCUUGACUGCAAGACAUGACAUUGCUCAUUCUAUUGUGUUUUGGUCAUAAAACAGUCUAUUGCUGGAGGUAAGAUUGUUGAUUAUUCUUUCAGAGAAAUUUUUUAAACAUUUAAAAUGCAGAUACUUUGUAGUCCUCUACUGUUAAAUUGUAUAUGUCAUGCCCAUUCAUUGAUAUUUGCAUGCUGUUUAAGAGUCUUUGGCAUUAUUUUGUCAAAGCAAAUACAGUACAUUAAAACACCCUCUCUUGUAAAGUUUCUAUGAGAUAUUUUUCCAAGAUUUUUUUAAAGCUUUUAAGGUAGACAUAUAAUGAAAUGUGACUUCUAUUUGAAAUGGUUACUUCAGCUUUCAUGUUAUUUAGAUAGGAAAUGUUUACAUAGGAACUAAUACCAAGUAUGUAAUUUACUUAGUAUUUUUUUAAAACAUAUUCACGAAGUAAAAGCAUAGAAUACGAAAAAACAACUGCAUACAAAUGUGGAAGACAUAUAUUGUAAUCCAGCUAAAACAAAGGAGAAUUAAGUUUCAUCGAAGAAUUAGUGUCAUUCCAGAAUGACAUGUGUUACACUUUGAACAUGUUUUAAGCUCUAAUUGUUAUUUUUGUGUAAGUUCUGUUAUGUAGUGUGAUAAGAUUUUACAAAAGUAGGACAUUUAAUUGUGGGUGCCAUGAUUGUUUUGUAAUACAGAAUUUGUUAACCAUGCAUCAUCCCCUCAUAUUGUGGAUGUAAGACUAAAGUUAUCUAUUAGUGUACGUAUAUUGAGUAGUAAGUGUUUGAAAUUUUUAAAAAUGUUUUGCCUUUUUUUUUUUCAUGUAAGAACUAAAGCAGUUCUUUUGCAUUGGAAUUUUCCCAUCAGAGGUCCAACUUAUUUAGUUUGAGCUAAGUGCAGAACUUUGGAAAAUGUGUUUUUGCUAGCAUAGUCGUUGUUUCAUCCUCAAAGGAGUUACCCUUCCAUGGUGACUAGACUUAAUAUUAAAGAAAUAUCUUUUAGCUUGGUCUUUCGGGUGUUUCAUCGUAAUGAUAAAGACUAUGAGACAUGAUAGAGUAUAAUGGACGAGACGUGAUAGAGUAUAGUAACGGACUCAGUGUACUAGAUAAAGAAAGAACUAUAAACCUAGGAUUAUAUACAUAUAAAUAGUAUUCUAGGCUCAAUUAAAAGUAACUGUUUGUUAUGACCUGGUGUCUGUUAUGACUUGGUAGCCUAGCCUAUCUGUAAGGCUACAUAGUACUUAGUCCCUAAACAAGGUACUUAGACUUUUAUGUACCCCUCAAUUUAGUGGGUCCAAUACAACUGCAACUCACAUGCUACAAAAGGCGAGCUUGCUGAUUGCAUUAGCAUCAGGAACCCAUAUUUGUGAAUUGGUCUUUGUUAGAUGGAUAAGAUAUCACAAAAACUGCUGAUAAUCUAUUAUUGUCCCCUGGUCCAUCAUUCCUGUCAUAGAAUGAGGAUCCUUUAAGAAGGAAAUCUAUUCUUAUAAGAAAACUCUAUUUAGCAGACAUUAUGCCCAGUUCAAGCACUUAAAGUUUACCUAGAUGUCAUGGCAAACAUUCCAGAAGGUCAGAUUUUCCUACAUCCUAGCACAAAUAAACCACUCUCUACAAGGGCUAAGAAUACUUUUAGUGUCCCUCAUUAAAAAGGCAAACCCACACUCCUUCCUAGGUUGCAUGAUAUUAGGAAAGUAAUUACGUCGUUGGUCUUCUUCAGAAAUGUCUCUUUCAAAGAGGUCUCUGAAUGCACAAGGUGGUCAACAGAAACAGUAUUCUUAAAACACUACUGCCACGAGGUUGAACAAAUUUGACUACACUGUGUAUCAGUAGGUGGUAUGGUUAGUCCUGACCCUAUAGGCACUACAGCAGAAAACCAGGGGUCUUCAUAAUGGUUGGGUAUGCUGACUCUUGCUGGGAAAGUGCAAUGAGACUGCAACCAUACCCAGCAUACUUUGGUAAGUCACUACAGGACUUGCCACUAAAAACAUAAAUUCUCGCUUAGUUUCUUGUUUUUUGUUACCAAAACUUGUGGCUUGACCUUGGACCGGAAAUUAUAGUUUUUUUGGGGGGAUUGUUGGGAUUGAAAUUUUGAGAGCUUAAGCGUCACCAGUCAAUUUCUUUGUGAUGCUCCUUUUAGGACGAAACAGUGACUAUGCUAUCAAAGAACAGGUUUUGAUGUAAGAAAAACCUAUUUUGUAGUUGAGCUUGAGCCCUCAAAACCCUCCCACUUUCCUGACAAAAAAGGAAUGGGAUUUGAGUAAAAGUUCAUCUUGAGUUGACCAAAAGAGCGCACUAAUGGUUCUUGGCCUUUUUACCAGUUCAAUUGUAAAACAAGAUGGUGCAAAUCACUUCUUUUGCAGUUUUUGACAUAGGAAAACUGGAUACAGCUUCAUUGAAGGCAAGAGAAAAGGCCUUCUUGUCUGUUAGUCCAUUAUACUCUAUCAUGUGUCAUACCAGGCUACAAGACCAGGCUAAAAGAUAUUUCUUUGUUAUUAAUCUAGUCACCACAGGGCUCUGACACACCAUGGAGGGGGUAACUCCUUUGAGGACUCAACACCAACUACCAAAAAUAGGUUUUUCCUACGUCAAAACCUGUUGUAUGAACUAAGGAGACUUUUAGUAAAGCUAGUUGUUUUGAUAUACUACAUCUUAAAACAGCUGAUUACAUUAAAAGUACAGUACAGUAGUUCAUAUUAGUUACGUACUGUUUGUGAGGAUCAAAUAUAUUGACGUCAAGAAGAGUGCUGCUGUUUGCGCACACAUUGUAAAAAAAAAGAAAUGUAAUUCUUAUAAAUAUGAAGUGAUAUUAAUGUUAGUGAACCAUUAACUUUUUCACUGGCACGCAGACAUCAUUAUUUUUGAAAUUCAGACUCAUACAGUAAAUUGUUUAUCAUGUUACCAAAUAUACAGUAAAUUGUUUGUCAUGUUACCAUUUGGUUCAUUGGAAAUGAUGCAUUUAUAAAUCCUGCAGGGACUACAUAUACAUGCUCUACUAAGUAGUGAAUUAUAAGAGAACAAUGAAACACAUUUUAAUUCCACUGUGAAAAUAAGCUGUGUCUGUUUUUUAAACAAAAUGUACUGUAUAUACAGCCAUAGAUGUCUUGCAGGAAUGGUAAGUACGUAAUUGAUAAGCUUUUUCUCCUCUGGUAUAUCUUCAUACUUCGAUGAGUAAAACAACUAACAUUGCAUUUGAGUGAAAACUAAUCUGUUGUUGUAUACAAUUAGAUAUCACGUUUUUAUACUAAUAUAAAUUUGUGAUUUUUAGCAGUGAGCGUCAUUGUAGUUCGAUAUGUUAGGUCCAUAUUUGGCCAGAAGCCUGCUUUUGAAGAGAAAAUGCCAAGAACAGUUGUAAAGUGUUAAAUAACCCUUAGCAACAAGUAUAGAAGCUGUUAUUCUUGAUGAAAACAGUAAAAAGCACUAAGCUUCAGAUGUAAAAAUAUUACUAUAAUAGAGCAUUAAGCUUCAGGCCUAGUAGAUUCUUGUGCUGAUGCUAAUUUUUUGUAGUCAGAGGAAAGGUUAAUCUUAUGAUCAAAAAGAGGUUCAUUGUGUGAGAAAUGUCUUUGGAGGAAAAUCUUGCUGGUUUCUGUUCAUGUCUAUUUUUAGAGGUGAAGGUAAGGGAAAAGGCAGGGUCUUGUUUGUUGACCUUUGAUAAUUACUGGAUUGUAUUCAGAGUUUGUAAGGUCAUGUGAUAUGAUAUUUUGUGGUAAUUUUGCAACAUUUGUAAGUUGAUGGUAGGCAUUACCUAAGUUUACCAAUGUAGUACAUACUUGAGGAAUAUUUAUUUACUUGAAUGAACACUAAACAUUAAAUGGACAUGGGAAGCAAGCAGCAUGGCAAGGUGUCACUCUGAUCAAAUGACAAGUCAUGUAAAAGUUAAGUUGUAGUUUGUAUAAGAUAUUAGAUGACAAGGUUUGUCUGCAUAACAAUGGUAGUCUUCACAAUUUAAUUUUUUUCCAAGUUUUUAUUAGUAAUUCUUGCUAGCAGCUAACGGUAGGAGCUUUAGGUGUCAAAAGACAACUUGCGUGUUGUUCCAUGGCAGAUUUUAUUACUGUUCCUAUUAUAAUUUGAUGCAACUGUUGCUGUCAGUGAAACCAGAAUGACAUUAAGAGAACCCAACAUGGGAAAGGAUUGAAGUGUUUCACCACUAAAGGAGGAUUGCAUGCAAUCUUGCUAGAAUUUUGAGGAACAUUUAGUUACAAGAAUUUUUUUUAUGAAAUGCUUAUUAGAGGUUAAUUAUCAUUAUCUUUACCAGAAAUUCUUAUUUAUGACAGCCAGCUUAGAACCUAAUGGAGAAUGAUUGAAGUCAAGAAACAUUGGUAAAAUCUUUGAAGACCACAUAGCGAAAGACAGUGUUCCAAGAGGUAAAACCUAAUUCCUCAACAUUCAGUUUGGUCAAGAUAAAUGACAUUAUUAUGCCAUCAUUGAUUUCCCUUAUUAAAAGAGAUCAUAAUAUAUGUUUUAGUAAGGACUUACAGUAGUGUGCAGAAGUUUUGAAGUACUUUAGUAAUAAUAAUGAUAAUAAUAAUAGACUCCUCUCGGGCUGGCGAAUACUUGAAUUGACUGUAUGCUGUUCUCUUGGAAACUAUUCCUCUGACUGUUUAUUAUUGCUUGCUAAUUUUUUUUAUGAAAGGUUAACCAUUAUUGGAAGGUUGGAAAUGUCAUUGCAGUAUAAUUGUGUAUUCAUCCAGUCAUUUGAUAUCUUUUGGUGUUUUUUUUUUUUCUAAUACGUAUUUGUGUUUAUCUCAUGUCCUCGGAAACUUUUACCUUGUGUUGUAAUCAAUUUGUAUCUGUUAAUCUAACUGUUGUUGUCUGUAUAACUUUAAAAUAAUGCCAACUGUUGGCCCAUGCAAGUAGGUGGCUGAAGGUGACUGUAGAAAGAUUCUGUGUAAAUUGAAUAGCAGGCACCUGUUAUUAGCUAAAUUGGACAUUCUUUGAAAUGUCAUCUUUCAGAGGGAAACAAGAUGAUUGUUGGUAUAGGCCUCCAAAAUUUCAAAUAUUACUACCACUUUUUGAACCAAACUUGUGGGUCUUUUCCUUCAGUGAAUACCAGUUAUGGUCUUAUGAUUGUAGAUUAACCCUCUAGUAGCUUUAUCAAAGGAGUCAAAGAAUCACAAGAAUUGAACUUUGUGGAAUGAGUCCUUAGUCUUUCCUCUCAUAAACGAAUAUUUUUUCAUAAUUGAACUCAUGCAUUUGUAUACCUGGGACCUGGUAUGAGUAAUUCAAAACCUUAAAGCAAUUUCUGUAUCUCAACUUUUAUGCUAUAACCUUAGAACUAGUAUUAGAACCAACUUAAGAAUGUUCAAUUUCCUGAUUUUCCAUUUAUAGUUCUUCCUUUAGUAGCCAGGUGCUGUAGAAUAGUAAUUAAUGUGUAAAAGUUGUUUACAAUAUUAUGCAAAAAUAUAAUUAAUUGUGAAAAGGUGGAUGCAAUUAGAGUACAGAAUUCUUUCACUUUUUAUAUUGCAUUAUGUCUUAAUGCAUCUUAAAUUAUCAGAGAACCCUGAAACAGUCAUUGCUACAGUUUUUUUUAUUGUACUACUGUCUGGGAGCAAUCCUGAUUGGUAUUAUUACUCUUGUGAGUUUCUAUAUUAUAAAGCCUCAGCCUCUCAGUAACCUUGUAUGCUUAGAUUAUAAGAUGCAUGAAUCCUGUACACUGAUAUUUUUUACUAAAGGGGAAGCAGAAAUGUCAGGCAUUUUGUAGUCUGGUUGACAUGACUGCCCUCAAUUCUAAUCUUUUGAAAGAUACUACUAGUCAUGACCUUUGCCUUCCUGUUGGUCUACCUGUUUCAAGACAUGUUAUUUCUCACAUGUCCAAAGUAUUUUUUACUUACACUUUCUUGCAUCUUUAGGUUACUUAGGGUAAUCUAGAAUUUCAUGUUACAGUACCACUUUACUAUAAAUAUAAUAUGUACAAUACAUGAUAACCAAUCUUCAUGUCAUAGAGUGCAGUAAUGAACAAAAGUGUGCAAUAAAUCAUAUUUCACAUUGCUAAAUAAUGUGUAGUUUGUAAGGAAGUACUGUACUGUCUAAUGCAUAAGGUGCCCUUAUUAAAUAAGACAUAUAGCAACAUGUAUGUAACCUGUAUCCUGGUGUUCUGUGAUAUACUUGUCGUAAUAAAACAUUCCUUUUGAAA